AUGCUGGACGAGAACCUACCCACCUUCCGGCUCAAGCUGUCGUCGGACAACCCCCAGUCCAGCAUCCUUUACUUCACACAAAACGGAUCCGAGCCUGCGGCCGAGUACUUGAUCCGACGGGCGGACCCGGCUCUCCCCGCCUCGCGGAGCAAGUAUGCCACGGCCAUAUGCGACCCUCACAACACCGAUGUAGUGUAUGCAGAAGUGCUCGUCGAACCGGAGUGGUCUCAACCAACUCUCUCGGCUGCCGAGGUCCGCGCCCAAGCCCAGUCCGGUGCGCCCCUUGCACCGGCCGUCGCCCAGAUCCCGGAUAGCUUCACCGUCCAGCUCUACAACCCAGACCAGUCAGUGACCAUCAAGAUGGUGGCCGGGUCGUGGGGCAAGAAUAACACCUGGGAAUUCGAACUUCCGGUGCAAACUUUCCGCACGCCCACGACUAGCGCCCUGGAUCGCGAGCACCAGGACAACUCGCCCGCAGCGGCUGACCUAAUUCCGCGUGUCAUGUUUCGCUGGAAAAAGGACGGGCUCCUGAGCAAAGACAUGACCUGUUACAUGACAGGCACGCGGCUCGGCUCGCGCAAGAACAAGGAGCCCGAUAUCACCGUUGGCUUGUUUCGGGCGGCGAAGGAGAGCAUCCUAACCGUCUACCAGCCGAACCUACACCGGGUCGAGGUGGAGGACCGAAAGGGACUCGAGUUGGUGCUGCUCUUGACCUCGGAAGUCAUCAAAGACCUCUGGCUGCUCCCCAAGAUUGACGUUUUCAACGUCCAAGGUGGGGCAGGUCCAGCGCUCAAUGGAGGCAAGAGAAAGAACUCACGCCCCCUACCGGCUACCGCUGCUGUUGUUACAGCCCCGAUGUCCGGCGCAUUGUCGAAUACCCCUCCCGCUGCAACGACGGCUUCUUCCUCACACCCGCCACCCGCAAACCCGCCUAGCAACCCCGCUGUGCCUGUUGUUGCUGCUGCUGCUGCCGUCCCGCCCGCAGCUAACAACGCCCAAGUAGACGCCGAAACCCGACGCCUGCAAGCUGUGGUCGAGCGCGAGCAGCGUGAGCGUGAAAAGGCCGAGCGCGCCGAACAAAAGCGCAUUAAGAAGAUGAUCGAGGAAGAAGAGAAGGAACAGCGCCGUCGCGAGGCCGAAGUGGCCAAGGAAACCGAACGCCUGCGCAAAAUGUACGGUGUCGAAGGCCAGGAUCUCCCAUCAGACCGUCCCGCUCUCCCUCCUCGUGCACAACAAACAGCAGCACCGCCAGCGCCAGGAGCAUCACAGCCCGUCCCUACAUCGCCUCAGCAACAGCUCAACCCAUGGGGCUACACCGGCGGCCCGGCACCUAGCCUACCCCCGCGCCCCGUCAGCGCUGGCCCACAACCACAUUACGCUCCGCCACCAGGCCAAAGUAACACCAAACCUUCCCCCACUCAACAACAAGGCCCCUUCCACUCGGCCACGCUGAAUACGCUGUGGAAGGGCGCUGCGGGGGGGCUACAGCAACUACAAAGUCAGGUGCAGCAGCAUCAAGCAGGGGGGUCAGGGGGAGGUGGGAGAGGUGCUGGCGGGAGGAGGGGCACAGAGGAGGAGGACAAGGCGAAGAUUAGGAAGAAGAGGAGUUCGCACUGGUAG